CAUUCGAAAGCAUCAGCAUGGAGGAAUUCCUGAAGCUUCCUGGAGUCGGCAUCUCGGGUCCGUUAGCGGCCGGCGUUGGAACGCACAGGAACGGAACCGGACGUCGGAUUGCUUGUGUAUUGAGACCAAAUCUCACCCCCCUCCCAACCCCGAACACACGCCAUGGAUGAUUUUGAGCGCCGCAGAGAGCUUAGGAGGCAAAAGCGGGAGGAAAUGCGUCUUGAAGCAGAGAGACUUGCCUAUCAGAGGAACGAUGACGACGAAGAGGAAGCUGCCAGGGAACGCCGGCGUAGGGCUCGCCAGGAGAGGCUCCGGCAGCGGGAAGAGGAAGACUCCUCUUCCCAGGGGACGGAGAAGACGGCGGAGGUGAACGCCCAGAACAGCGUGGCGGAUGAGGAGGCCAAAACGGCCCCCAGCCCCUCGACGACAGAUGGGGGUGACGACGCCGCGUUCCUGGAGCGGCUGGCCCGCCGGGAGGAGCGGCGGCAGAAGCGCCUCCAGGAGGCCCUGGAGCGCCAGAAGGAGUUUGACCCGACCGUGACGGAUGACGGCUUGUCGGUACCCAGCGGGCGACAGGCCAACGACACGGGAAAGGACGAGGCUGCCGGGGACGAGGACAAAGCGGAGACCCGCCGCGCUCGCUACGAGAUUCAGGAAACUGAGACGGUCACCAAGUCCUACCAGAGAAACGAAUGGCGGGAAACCCAGGACGGCCAGAGAGAGAAGGAUAAGGAGGAGGAAGAGCAGCAGCAGGAGGAAGAGGAGGAGAAGCCCAAGCAGAGAAUCCUAGAAGGAAACCAGGUAGAGGUGACGAUAGGAAGGAAAACCGUAGAGACCCGAGAGGAGACUGCGGUAGUAGAACUCAAAAACGGGCAGGUCGGUGUCGAGGAAUCCAAACUAGGAAAGGAGGAGGAGGCAGAAGAGGCAACGGAGGUUGUGGACCAUGAAGGUGUGGAGGCGGAUGCCGAAAAGCAAAGGCUCGAGGCUGAGGAGAGAGAAAGGGCCAGGGCCGAGCAGGAGAAACGGGCAGCGGCAGAGAGAGAGAGGAUCGAAGCAGAAGAGAAUGAAAGGGCGGCCGAGGAAAGGGAGAGGAGGGAGGCCGAGGCAAGAGAGAAGCGGGAGGCUGAGGCAAGGGAGAGGAGGGAGGCUGAGGAGAGGGAGAGGAGGGAGGCCGAGGAAGAGAAGAGAGUCGCUGAGGAGAGGAAGAGGGCGGAGGCGGAGAAGAGAGCAGCCGAAGAGAAGGCCAGGCUAGAAGAACAAAAAUUGAAAGAAGAGCAAGAGAAACAGGUCAAAGGGAAAAGGGAAGAGAGACAGGUAAAUGAAAAGAAAGUCCAAGAGGACACACUUCAGUCGGUGGUCCUAAAAAAACAGGGCGAAGAGAGAGGGAUUAAAGUGGAAACUAAACGAGAAAAGGCACAAGAAGACAGGCCGGCCUUCAGAAAGGAAGAGAUCACAGCCGAGAAGACCAACAAGGACCAGGGACCCAGAGAAGACAUCAAGAGCAGCUGGGAUCGCAAGAAGGGAUUUCCGGAGACCAAGUCUCAGAACGGGGAGCGCGUCCAGGAAUUCACGACCCACAGACUCAAGCACACCGAGAGUACUUUCAGCCGCGGCAAAGCCGGUGCGGACACCGAGGAGGCCGAGUCCCAGGUGGAGGCCGGCAGGCGCCUGGAGGAGCUGCGGCGGCGGCGGGGCGAGACCGAGAGCGAGGAGUUUGAGAAGCUGAAGCAGAAGCAGCAGGAGGCCGCCGUGGAGCUGGAGGAGCUGAAGAAGAAGCGGGAGGAGCGCAGGAAGGUCUUGGAGGAAGAGGAGCACAGGAGGAAGCAAGAAGAGGCCGAGAGGAAGAUCAGAGAGGAGGAGGAGAAGAGGAGGCUGAAAGAAGAGAUUGAAAGACGGAGGGCAGAGGCUGCCGAAAAAAGGCAGAAGAUGCCAGAAGACGGUGUCUCGGACGACAAGAAGCCGUUCAAGUGCUUUACUCCCAAAGGUUCAUCUCUCAAGAUCGAAGAGCGGACGGAAUUCCUGAACAAAUCCGCCCAGAAGAGUGGGGUCAAAUCUACUCAUCCCACAGCCGUCGUUUCCAAGAUUGACAGCGGCUGGGAGCUGUACACCAACGCGAUUGAGGGGACGAAAACCACGAAGUCCACCAAGCCAGCAGCGUCUGACCUACCGGUCCCUGCCGAAGGGGUCCGCAACAUCAAGAGCAUGUGGGAGAAGGGCAAUGUGUUUGCAUCCCCUACCGGGACAGGAUCGUCCAAUAAGGAAACCGCAGGCUUGAAAGUGGGGGUUUCCAGUCGCAUCAACGAAUGGCUAACUAAAACUCCCGAAGGCAACAAGUCGCCUGCUCCCAAGCCUUCGGACUUGCGACCAGUAGACGUUUCCAACAAGCGCAAUCUCUGGGAGAAGCAAUCUUCGGAAAAGACCACCUCACCCAUGAAGGUGUCAUCCGUGGGGAAAAAGUCAGAGACCAUGGUAAGCAAGGCAGUAGUCUCGAAUGGCGUUGGGGCAGACUGGGACUCUGAAAACACAAUAGCAAACAGGCAUGGUUUCAAACCGGCACGUGAAAGUUGACUGUUGGUAUGCCAAAGUCUGUCUCAGAGGGUUUCUAGGGCCUUCCCGGCUUGUCACGAGGAGAGCCGUUCGGUCAAUCGAUCGAUCGUAUUUACCGAGUGCUUUAACUGUGCGCAGAGCACCAGUACUAAACGCUUGAGCCAUUAUCGUGGGCGGAGCGUUGCUUCUUCGCCCCCCCCCCCCCCCCCACAUAUGUCAUUUGCUUUAUUCUGGGGCAGGACGAGGAUAGGCAGCUGGUGACCCACGUACCGUUCUAACUCCCUCUCUUCCGACUAGUUUUUGGACAUGGUGAGACACCUCGUACUCGGGGCUAUAGCUCCUGGCACGUGCUCAGCACACCUUUCCUGGUAUUUAUGGAGCUCUCUGUGCAGAGCGCUGUACUAAGAGUUGGGAGAACGCCACCACGAUCGAGUCAGUAGGCCCGAUCCCUGCCCACAAGGAGCGUACAGUCAACCGGACUGGUGAUAAUGCCCUCAGAUCCUACUCACUCUUUCCCUCUACCCACUUCCACUUCUCACCUUACAGAGACAUGCAAGCAUUUGCUAUUCUCCCCCGGCCUCUCAAAUCUGCCCCAGAGAGUGUAUAUCUAUAUAUAUAUAGAGAGAGAGAGAGAGGGGGAGAGAGAGAGAAGAGUGUAUGUGUGAAUGCAUCAGCAGAAGAAUUUGCCCAUUUCCCAACCUUGCCUCAUCUGCCACUUGGUGAACAUUGCUCCGGAGGGCGGGGCCUUUCUCUAGAGGAGGCCAACGUGUGAUCAGAAACGGGUGGCUUUGCCACAAGAUUUUACAUUUCUCUUCUUUCAGCAGGUUUGAGACAAUUUGAGAAAGAACCCUAGGUACCUGCUCAAGAUCCUGGACCAGCUCAGUUGAGAAGUGCUCAAUUUUCCCUUUUUUAUAUUUAUGUUUAUUGACCAGAAUGUGGGUUCAUUUUUUGGUCUUUUUUUUUUUUUUUGCAUUAUCCCAGCUAAACCCAUGUAUAUUAGCACUGUAUUUAAUAAUCACAGUCUAGAGACAUUCAUGGUAAAAAGUACUGCCUUUGCACAGGAACCUAUUUCUAAAGAAACCCAUGCUGUGAAAUAUAGACUUUUCUACUGAUAGUCAUCACCCUAAAUCUCUGAACAGUGAUUCAGAUGCAUCAGAAGUCAACCAAAAUAGAUUCAAGUUGGAAAUUGCCUAAGAAACGUGUGCAGUAUCCAGAGAAAAAUAAACAGUUGUUACUUUUGGAA